AAGUUGAGCAGCGCUCGCCCUAGUGACGUCAGGACGCAAAGUGACGUGGCUCGUUUGAAUAAUCCGACGAGACUCCCCACACAGUAGGAAGAGAAGCGACCCGCACGCACCCGCACGGACCCGCAGCAGUGUGUGAACAUCAUGAACAGUCUGAAGAGUGUGAUGAGGAGCGUCAGUCGCGUGACGCCCACCCUGAGCCGCGCACUGCAUUCUGGGACACGGACAUCCUCUGCAGCAUCAAGAGCUAAACGUGUGGAGCGUCCGCUGACGUCAGAAGAGGUGUACAACCGCGAGGAACGCUACGGCGCUCAUAACUAUCACCCGCUGCCUGUGGCCCUGGAGCGAGGAGAGGGUGUGUAUGUGUGGGACGUGGAGGGUCGGAGGUACUUUGAUUUUCUCAGUGCGUACAGCGCUGUCAAUCAGGGUCACUGUCACCCGAAAAUCAUCUCGGCCCUGACGGCUCAGGCCUCCAGACUGACGCUGACCUCACGAGCGUUCUACAAUGAUGUGCUGGGCGCUUAUGAGCAAUACAUCACCUCACUGUUUGGAUAUGAUAAAGUUCUGCCCAUGAACACAGGCGUCGAGGGAGGAGAAACUGCCUGUAAACUCGCCCGGAAGUGGGCGUACACUGUGAAGGGGGUCCCGAAAUAUGAAGCAAAGAUCAUUUUUGCAAUGGGGAAUUUCUGGGGUCGUACCAUGGCAGCGAUCUCCAGCUCAACAGACCCCAGCAGUUAUGACGGCUUCGGCCCGUUCAUGCCUGGGUUUCAUCUUGUGCCCUAUAAUGACAUUGCUGCACUAGAGAAAGCGCUGCAGGAUCCUCAUGUAGCUGCGUUUAUGGUGGAGCCCAUUCAAGGUGAAGCCGGUGUCAUCGUCCCUGAUGCUGGAUACCUCACAAAAGUCCGAGAGCUGUGCACUAAACACAAUGUUUUGUUUAUCGCUGAUGAGGUUCAGACCGGUUUGGCUCGUACUGGACGCCGUUUGGCUGUGGAUCAUGAGGCUGUUAGACCAGAUCUACUGGUGCUGGGAAAAGCUCUGUCAGGAGGAGUGUAUCCUGUGUCUGCUGUGUUAUGUGAUGAUGAGGUGAUGUUGACCAUUAAACCUGGAGAACAUGGAUCCACAUAUGGAGGAAAUCCUCUGGCCUGUCAGGUCGCUAUCGCCGCUCUAGAGGUUCUGGAGGAAGAGAAACUGGCUGAGAACGCUGAGAGAACGGGUGCCAUUCUGAGAGCCGAACUGAAGAAACUGCCCAGAGAGAUUGUGAGCGGCGUGCGGGGGAAAGGCCUUCUGAACGCCAUCAUCAUCAAAGAGAGUAAAGACUAUGACGCUUGGAGAGUGUGUCUACGUCUCCGUGACAAUGGACUGCUGGCCAAGCCCACUCAUGGUGACAUCAUCAGACUUGCUCCGCCCCUCAUUAUUAAAGAAGAUGAGAUCAGAGAAUGUGUGGACAUCAUCAGCAGAACCGUUAUGUCAUUUUAAAUUUCACGACUGUGAUUUUAUCAGCGUUUGCUCUUUUAGUUUGUGUGUUUAGUGCUGUGAAGUGCUCUCCACGUCAUUGUUACAGUGCUGAGAACUGCUAAUGUGCAGCUGUUCAAAAGAAAUGCGAUUUGAAUAUUAAUUGAAAAAUAAUUUACAAUAUAUUGAAAUUCUCAAGUUUUUGACAUUUUCAGUGGAAACUUGAAUAGAAAUGUGUUUAUCUCCCUAGAGUGAGAGAAUCAUGCACUUUAAUGCCAGUAAGAAAUCUGUUAAAGCAGAAUUGAAAUGUACAUGAAGUGUGUUUUUUUCACAGGUUUUCUGACAUUCUUUCAACAGUCAUUGAGAGAGACGGGUGUUUGUGUGUUGAUGAUGCUCUCUCUCUCUCUCUCUCUCUCUCUCUUAAAUAAAUCUGCUGAAAAACG